AUGGUUGUAACAAUUCAAGUGCUUAUCAGUGCUUUCAUAGCAAUCUACACUGCUCAAGUGCAGUCAGCAAAGAUUGUACUUUACCCAGGGUUUGGGAAAAGUCAUAUCUUGGGAAUGACUCGAAUUGGACAGGAACUCGUGAAACGAAAUCACAAGGUAACUAUUCUCGUGGGAUCCCCUGACAAGGUGAAGAAAACCAGUGAGCUGACCUACGCGACUUACAAAGUUCCAUAUGACGAGGAUUUCCUGGAAAAAACCAUGGUUCAAAAUGCUAUGAAAGGAAGUAUAACGAACUGGUUUUUCGGAAACAGUAGUGCAGUCGUUGUUAUUGAAGUAUACUGCAAAUCUUUACUGAAUGACAGCAACUUAGUAAAUUCAUUCAAAGACUUCGAUUUGCUGAUAAGUGACGCUGCCUUUUAUUGUGGAGGCCUACUAGCAGCACAUCUCGGAAUCAAGCGAAUUGAUUAUUUCCCAUAUCCUCCUCGAUUUCCACGCAGCUUUUCACAAGAUGAGACUUUUCUCACGUUAUCUUAUCUACCGCAAAUUCUUUCGCGGAAUCCAGAGAAAAUGACCUUUUUGCAACGGCUGAAAAAUGUUGCGGUGUUUUGGGGGAUGCAAGGAAUGUUCAUAGUUUUAUUUCAACCAAUGUACACGCGCCUUAAAGUGGAAUAUGCAAUCAAGCCAGAGAAAAGUGUUGCUGAUAUCGUCAACGAUAAAGAAUUGACUUUGUUCAUAUCGGAAUUUGCAUUUGAAUAUCCUCAGCCAUUGAGGCCAGAUUACAAAUGCAUUGGGCCUGUUACUAUCCAGCCUGUCCAGCCCCUCCCCCCUGAUCUACAGCAGUUGAUUGACAGUUCUGGUGAUGAAGGAGCCAUCAUCRUAUCAUUUGGAUCCAACGUGGCUUCAUUGUUUGAUAACGACAAAGUUGACAUCAUGGCUGAGGCUUUUGGUAGAUUGAAACAGAAAGUUAUCUGGAGGCUGAAAGGAUAUAUACCAUCGUCCCUUCGUGAUAAUAUAGUUGUUCGUGAUUGGAUACCACAGCACGAUCUAUUAGCCAAUAAGAAACUGCGCGCCUUUGUUUCUCACGUUGGUAUGAAUGGMAUGUACGAGACAUUGUAUUACGGGGUACCUGUGGUGGCUAUGCCCUUAUACGGAGACCAGUUUGACGACGCAAUUGAGAUGGUGCAGAAAGGAGUCGCUUUGUAUGUUGAUUACAACAAUUUAACGGUUGACGAUCUGUACAACAAACUGCAACGUGUUAUCCAUGAACCAAGUUUUCGCGAGAAAGCGGAACGCAUUUCACGCUUGAUGCAAGACCGUCCACGUAGCCCGGUCCAGGAGGCUGGUGACUGGAUAGAGUACGCCCUCAGACACGAGAGUCUUGCACAUCUUCGUCCGUACUCUAGUCAGCUUCCCUGGUACCAGUAUUUCCUGGUAGAUGUAGCAGUGUUCCUGGUCUUGGUAGUUUUGGUUGUGAUUAUGGUGAUAAAGUACACACUUCGGUUGAUGUGCUGGAUGUGCUGUCGACGAGACAAGAAACAGAAAACUCAAUAACAUUUUUACGCAAAAGUUGUGUCGCCUAAAUCGAACUUAGCGAUGUUUGAUGGUAUUUGAUGUGACUUCAGAAUCAAUGUCCAAGCAUCAGGGGCGGAUCCAGGAUUUUUUUUAGCGGGGAGGGGCCCUAAAAUUGCGCGAACUUUUGGCGUGGAUUUUGCAUGAUGGAUUUUUUCGGAGAACGUAUCAAAUAGAGCUUUCCCACUAAAAUUAGCGAAUUAAUUAGGAAACAAGCUAAUUCAAUUGUUAUUUAUUUGUUUAAAGUGCAACUGAACCUUCCAAAAAGUCAUUUCAUUCGAAACAGAACAUGCUGUUAAGCACUUCUACA